GCGGGGACACCGGACGAGCCGCGCCCGCUGCUCUCCUUUCUUUGCCCGGCUGAAGUGAACUGUUCGCCGCUGUGAGGAUGAGCGUCGCGGUGGCGGAGGGCUGCUUUCUGUCCGCCCUGCAGCCCAACUCCUCCUGCACCGCAUAUGUGGUUCCCUCGGAUGGCCCGUCUCCGGACCCGGUGGCUAAAGCCAGGAGGGUCCGGGAGCAGGUCCGGAUGCGGUUGGCUGAGAAGAAGUCCUCCUCCCUGCCCAGACUGGACGACUCGCUGGUCGGAUCAACAGACUACAGCCUUCCUGAGGCAAAGAGCUUUACCCACACCCAUGGUUUCAGUUCCAGGUCCAUGAUACACACACCCAGCCGCGCCAUGGCCGUGCCCACAAGACCCCUUCACCCCUCUGGUUUCUCCUCUCGCUCUGCUGUGGAAACCACUUCUCGGGUGAGGAAUCAAGGAACCAGCAUGAUCCACAGCAGCUUCCAGACCUCCCAGUCACACAGCAGAAGCAGACGCUCUAAGUCACUGUGCCAGGCAGACCAGGAGGCGUUUCCUCUGACUGUGUUGGUCCCUCCAGAGAAAGCCUCCUUCCCAGCCACUGUUCCUCCUCCCGGAACCCUAAGGCGCAGCCUCAGCGGGACACUGGCUCAGGAAAGAGGCUACUGGCAGGAGGAGCUGCCUCUUCAAUACACCUACAAAGGCCCCUCCCACCGCACCAUCAGCCGCAUUACCAACCGACAGCAGCACUACCAGCAGCAGGGCUCUGGCUUUGGUCAGGAGGGCUGGGUGGGGACCGGCAGGGGCGUCCCCAUGGCAGGGGACGGCUGGAGGACACAGUGGCAGCAGCAUGUGUCCAGGGCCAACCAUGUCGUGGGAACAGGGCAGUACCAAGCCCCCGUCCACCGGGCUGCCUCGCUCCGCAGUGUGAGGAGUGUCGGCAAGGGAGUGGAUAUCUUGGAUGGAGCGUCGAUACACAGCAAUGAUCCACUGGAAGAGAUGCAGGGUCUGGACAUGGCUACAGCUGUGAGAUAUCUGUCUGAGUCAGAUACUGCCUUGCAAGUCCUGGGAGCCGCAUACAUACAACACCAGUGUUACCAUAGCAACAAUGCCAAAAACCAGGUCCGUACUCUGCAUGGCAUCCCAGCUCUGGUUCAGCUUUUCUCCAGUGACAACCAAGCAGUGCAGCGUUAUGCCACUGGCGCCACACGAAACCUCAUCUACGAAAACACCGACAACAAGGCAGCGCUCGUAGAUGCCGGCGGAGUGAUGCGGCUCGUCAGCAUCCUGGGCGAGCCUGAUGAGGAGCUUCGAAAGACCAUCACAGGGGUCCUGUGGAAUCUGUCCUCCAGAGACAACCUGAAGGAGAAGCUGUCCAAAGAAGCUUUACCAGAGCUGACAGAGAAAGUACUGAUCCCUCUGUGCAGCAGCAUCCCUCUGAGCCCAUCUGAGAGAGACAUCUUCUACAACACCACCGGCUGCCUCAGGAACCUGAGCUCAGUGAAUGAGAGGACGAGACAGAAGAUGAGAGAUAUGCGAGGCCUGGUGGACUCUCUGGUGUCCUACAUUCAACAAGAGGAGAGAGUGGAUGACAAGGGUUUGGAGAAUUCAUUGUGUGUGAUGAGGAAUCUGUCCUACCAGCUGUACACUGAGCUUCCUCCCUCAGUCCGUCUCCGUCUGGAGGGCCCAAAGAGAGCCUCUGCCCUCAGGGACAACGAGGCCAUCGGCUGCUUUACUCUGUAUAGCAAAAAGGACACUGAGCGUAACCAGAAUCUGUCCACACUGUCUGAGGUGUCACGGCAGCCUAAGGGGGCUGAGUGGCUGUGGCACCCUAAGGUGGUGACACUAUACAAGCUUGUUCUACAAAACAGUGACGGCAACUCCACCAGUCGUGAGGCUGCCAUAGGAGCCCUGCAAAAUAUCACUGCAGGAGAGACCAGGUGGUCAUCAGUGCUCAGUGGUGUAGUAAUGGAGCAUGAGAGGAUGCUGCCCAUCCUGAUGGAUCUGUUAGACACCAACAGUGACAUGGAGCUGAGACCUCUGACCGGUCUGCUGAGAAAUCUGGCCAGACACUCCUCCAACAAAGACCACACAGCCAUGAACAUGGUGAAAGUUUUGGUGUCAAAGCUGCCCAGUGAUGGCCUUCAGAAAACACCAUCCAGCGAGGUGGUGGUCAACAUCUGUGGAGCCCUCAAUCACCUGGUCGCCUGCAGUUCCUUGGCAGCCCGUGACAUCUCGUACUUCAACGGCCUGCCGAAACUAGUGGGCAUCAAAACAUCCCAUGAUAACAGCUGUGGGAGUUUAAAAGCUGCCAGAGCGGCCUCAACUGUCCUCUGCAACAUGUUCCAGUACAACAAACUGCACAAAGACUACAAACUGAAAGGAUUUGCUAGACGAGACUUCACAGAUGUCACCAUCUAGGCUGCGGCAUGUACAAUGAUUCGGUCUGAGCUUUUGACGUGAAGACCAACGUCGCUGUGAGGAAAAGCAGAGGAACGACAGAAGGAGUUUGUGCAGAUUAUCUCAAUGUGAUGGACCUACAGGAAGGGAAAAAUGAACUGGAGCCAAUCGAACUGUGGACUGAAAGUUUGUCCUCUUUCAAGUGGUUGUGUGUUUAAUUUGGCUUAGCUUGCAGCAGAUAAGCUGUGAUGACAGGAACUUAAUGGUAUCCACAAACAAGAGACUUCACCCCCAAACCUACCAUAUGCUCUGUGUGUGUAUUAGGGUCUGACUGAUUUUUUGACACUGAUACUGAUUCCAGUUAUUUCAGACUGGUGUGCUAAUAAUUGAUAUAUGAUGCCCACAUCAGAUUGUUAAGUAGACAGUAGGCCUCAAGUAUCAGUGCAGUGACAGGAUAUAUCAAACUGAACACAAAACAGGGCAGCUACAGCCACUCAGAGCUGUGGACUGUCAGCUCCAAUCCCCCACUUGCUUUUAACCUGAGGGUAUGAGCUCUAUCUGUUAUCACCUGUGAUUGGUCACAUGCACAUGCACCAAUCAGUGCGUGGAGUGCAAGCAGCGUGACAAAAAACGAAUAAAUUGCAUUAACACUUACUCAUGCUGUGCAGGAAAGCCGCAGACGUGUAUGCUUGGAAAUAAUGUAGAAAAUAAAUAGCUGAAUACUCUUUUCAUGAGUGCUUCAUGAUGAUUGACGCAAGUCCAGUGACAGUUGUGGAGAAAUGCAGGUGCCCCAACACCCCCAAAAAUUCUAUAUAUCAAUACUUCUGUGCCUGUAGCCUUAAUUAUGGAAGUGCAAUUGACUAACUCUUGAAACUAAGGACACUUGUUACUGUUUGUUUUUUGAAGCUGUUUCAUGUGUAGUAAUAAAAGUAAAAGAUAUGUUAGUGGUA